AGGUAUCCAGCCUCUCAAGGUGUUCCUUCACAAGGUCAGCAUUGAUGGAGGGCAGGGGAUCUCCCUCACCCACACCUCCCUGUCCCGUAGUGGGCAUGGGCAUCCCGUGGGACUGAUGAAAGACCGACACAAAGUACCCAUUUAAUAGGUUGGCUUUUUCCUGGGCGUCAGUUGUCAGUUGUCCCAUCUGAUUUAGCAGGGGUCCAAUGUUCCCCUUUCUUUUCCUCUGGCCCCCCACAUAUCUGAAAAAGGACUUUUUAUUGUCCUUGAUACUCAAAGCUAGUUAGAGUUCAGUUGCAGCCUUGGCUUUCCUGGUCCCUGCAGGACUGGACCAGUGCAGAAUAUUCCUCCUUGGAGGUGAACCCCAUUCUCCAUCCUUUGUAGGCCUUUCUUUUUAGCCUCAGGAGGUCUGCUAGAUCCCUGGAGAGCCAGGGGGGCUGCUGUGCCCUCUUGCUGCCUUUACUCCGAGAUGGAAUAGAAUUAGCUUGUGCAUUGAGGAUCGCUCCCUUGAGGAGCAACUACUCUUCCUGAACUCCCCUCCCCCUGGGGUCGUGGUCCCUUCUGGCCUCACUGACAAGCCUCCUGAGCUUGUCAAAUUUGGCUUUCCUGAAGUCAAGGACUUCAGUGUUGCUGACUGACUUGCCAGCUUUACAGCGGAUGGUGAAGGUGAUCAGCUCGUGGUCACUGUCACCCAGCUUCCCAUCGAUCACUAGGUUGCUGAUUAGGUCAUCCCCAGUAGCCAGUACCAGGUCGAGCAGCGCUUUACCUUUCAUUGGCCCAUAGACUUCUUGAGUCAGGUAGAGGUCAUCCACGCACAAUAAGAAGCUUUGCGACCACUUUGAUUUUGCUGAGUGAUCCUCCCAUGAGAUGUCUGGGUAGUUGAAGUCACCCAUGACAACCAUGGUCCUGGAGUAUGUGGCCUCAGCCAGUUCCUGGGUGAACUCCUGGUCAAGCUCUUGACUUUGGGUGGAUAGACUGUGGUAGACUCCCACUGUUGUGUCCCCGUGCUGUGUUCCCCACGGAUUUUAACCCAGAGGGUCUCCCUGUGCUUCAAAAUGGCAGCAGGAGUGCUAUAACUAUCACUUAUCGAAUGAGCUUUAGCUCAAGUACCCCUGCUGCCAUUUUGAAGCACAGGGAUGCUAAUACACAAGAUGCUGCAGCUCUUUAAAUAGAGUGGCUUCUGCAGCCACUCUAAUUAAAGCACCCUGCCCCCGGUGGAUGGGUAAAAGUGCCAAGAGAGACUAUCUUUGAGGCUGAGAAAUGAUUAUUUGUUCCCAGUCAAUCAUUGGCUUCUCUAGGGUGUACACUGGGUAAGUUCUAAGCAAUGUGGAUACCUGACCUCUUAGUGGUUGAUUGAGACUUAAUUAUCCUUUUAGAUUUCUCAUCAGUAGCAAUCAAAAAGUAAAAGCUGCCUGUCACUAUUGGGCUCAAUAGCAUUUGAAUUAACUAUGAAAGGCCCCAUCUUGUAUUACAAAUAUCUGCAGCUAUGCAUUCCCCCUUAUUUUAAUGGAGCUAUUACUAUGGUGUUGGAGGGCAUAAGAGUUUCACAGACAUUAUGUGGCAAUGGAAAAGGGAGUAUCAGAGAAUAGAAAGAUGGAAAGCAAGCAGAAAGAAUGUUUCCAACUAUCUGAAGGGGGGUUCGAAAGAGGACGGAGCUGGCCUGUUCCCAGUGAUGGCAGAUGACAGAACAAGGAGCAAUGGUCUCAAGUUGCAGCAAGAGAAGUUCUGUUUAGUUAUUAGGACAAACUUUCUUAUUAGGAGGGGAGUAAAACACUGGAGCAGGUUACCCAGAGAGGUGGUGGAAUCUCCAUCCUUGGAUGUUUUUAAGACCGAGGUAGACAAAGCUUUGGCUGGGAUGAUCUAGUGGGAGAUGGUCCUGCUUUAAGACUAGAUGUGACCUCCUGAUGUCCCUUCCAACUCUAAUUUUCUAUGAUUUUAUGUUACUACAGCAGUAGUAUCAUAAAAGGUGAUCCAGUCAGUGAUAUGAUGGGAUAUGAUUACUGUCUGUAUACACUUCAGGGAGAUAAACACCAGGGAGGAAAAGAGCUAUAAACUCUGUUGGCACAUGCGUAUAAAACAGCCAUGAAUAAAUUUAGGCUCAAAAUUAGAAGCUCUCUACCCAUUACAACAGUAAGUUCUGGAACGGGCUUCCAAUCAGAGUAGCGAGGUGAGAAAAAUUUAACUUGAUUCCAGAUGCAUCUUGAUCACUUUAUGAAGAGGCUGCCUGUGACAGCAGGAUAAAUUAAAAUUAAUUCCAAAUAAAUCAGAAAAGCAGGCUAUAAUGGCACGAACUAGAAUUUUCAGAAUAAUUGGUGCCCAGCCUUAUAUAGAUGCAGAAUUUUUAUUUUACUAUCCUUUGUGAAGUCUAAGCCAGCUUGCGUUUUUCUGGUAAUUCGUGCUUUAGCCAUAUACUUCUUUAUCUCUGAGACAUAGACUGCUUGCAGGGAAUUUUUUUUGUUGUUGCAUUCUCAGAGGUCAAAGUCAUGCUUCAAGCUAACACAAUACAACACAGGCAGUGGCAAAAUGAAAAUUUCCUAAAUUUCCCUGUUGCCAUGCCUUCAACACUCCUUCUGGGGAAGGUCCGUGUAGUGAUCAGGGGCCAUAAAUACUAAAUAGCUUUGAUGCUACAUUAUUAUGAGUCAUAACUUGAGAUGCAUCCCUACCUUCUCCCAGAAGGCAUUCUCCCAUGAUCUUCUCUGUUUGCAUUCUUUCAACAGCAAUAAAAGCCACGUGGACUAUGGAAGCCAAUAUCUCCUUUCUUCUGCUGUUGCACAAGACGUCUCUGGUCCUUACCACUUGCCCAAUACAGAACCAACUGCACCUCCUAUGGAACUGGUGGACAACGUCACUGGAGCUGAAAGGGACGGUUCAAGAGAUUGUGGAAAGAAUAGUUUGCCUGCCCGGGUUGAUCUGCUGUCCCAAGGAAAGCACAAUGAUUCCACUUUACAACAGAACGAGUGGAGCAUCCCACCUAUUUCUGAGCAUGAAGCCAGAGAAGCUUUCCUAGAGUAUGCAGCCAGCAAGUGCUGCUAUAGGACUGCCCCUGCAAAACACAUGGUGGUCCAGAACCUGACAGCAUGCAACACAUACAGAUAUCGUCUGAAAACCUUCACUGAAAAAAGAGAAACGUAUCCAUCCAGUGAACCAUAUAAUGGUGGCUUUGUGGACUCUCCUGAUGUCGCAGAACCCCCUGCCCCUUGGGAAAUAGAAGUGGAUGCACCUCCCCUGUUUACGGACUGUGAAAUGCAUUUCCCAGUGCCUCACACCUAUUCAGUACAGAGUUGUCCCAAUUGUCAUGGAUCUGGUAAAGCCCAGUGCACCCGAUGUACUGGAUCAGGAAAGGUUUGUUGCUCAUCUUGUAAUGGGUCAGGCUGGCAAUCUGUUAGUACUACCUCGGAUAUUAGUUCUGGAUUUUGCACAUUCUGUGGAGGGUCGGGACGCACACGUUGCUUCCGCUGUUAUGGUCGUGGUUGGGUGCACUGUGCCCGUUGUAAUGGAAGAGGCCUUUUGCUAUACCAUUCUGAACUUAAAAUCAUUUGGAAGAACAAUUCUGCUGAAUAUGUGGCUGACAACAACUGUGGGUUUCCUAUAGAUCGCUUUCAUGAAGUCACUGGGAAGGAAAUACUUUGUGAUGAAAAUGUGUUGGUGAACCCUCUAAGGAGCUUCCCUGAACCAGAAAUUGUGCGGGGUUCAGAAUCAUGCAUUGCAACGCAUAAAAUGCAGUUUGCGUCAGAAAUGCGUAUAUUGAGACAGAAACAAACCGUUGAGUUGAUUCCGCUCACCAGGGUGGAAUAUGAGUGGAAAGGGAAGUCCGAUUCUUUCUACAUCUUUGGAAAUGAAAAGAAAGUGUAUGCAAAGGACUACCCAGCAAAAUGCUGCUGCUUGGUCAUGUAACUCACUGAUAGGUUGGAAGCUGAUAACUAGAACUGGGUAAAACUUUUGCUGAAAUAAUAUCUGUCUGGGGGCAAAAAUAUUUGGUGAAAAAAAGAAGAUAUUACAGGAGGACCAAAAUUGGGUCACAGCUUGCAAAUAAUUUAGGCCAAAAAAUGGAGGGGAAAAUGUUUGAGAAAAAUGAAAACAUUGGCUUUAUCUAAACUCAGUUUGUCAUUUAAAAAUGGAUUUAAGUUUCAGAAGGAAAAAAGAAGCCUUUAAAAGAAUGAAAUAACCUGAGAAUAAUGCAAACUUAUGUUGGGCUGAUUUAAAAGUUUUUCCUUUAUUUUUAAAAAGGUUUUUCCUUACUUUUCAUUUUAGCCACUAAACCCCCAAAAUCUAUAUUUUAGCUCCGUUAAGAGCAAAAUCAUGUGUCUUAUCAAUCAUGAUAAUCAGAAUGCUUUUGUGAAGCAUUCUCCUUCACAAAAACUGACUAACUUUCAGCUUUCAAUUUAGAGUGGACGUAGUGGACCUCGCUCACAGGGUUAGCAGAGACGGUUCUCUCUUGGUAGUGCAAUAACAAUUCAUGAAGGUCAUUUAGUAAUUUUAGCGCAUCUAGUGUGUCCCUUCCCAAAUCUACUGUGAAAUGGAAAAAAAAAAUAAUUUGUCAUAAUGCAGCUUGGAACUGAGGGAUGGCUAAAACUUUGUGCAAUAGAGGUUUGAAUUAAAAUCUUUUUUUUUAUU